UGCCUAAAUGAACUUCAUGCGUUCUUCAUUUACUGCACAUCCGUCCACAUCACCAUUCACGACCCAGAGACUGCUACGCAUCUAAAAAUCAUCGUCAGCGAACCCGAGUCUGUCAAAGUAUGCCUCACGUUCAGGACCCGGGCAUUCAGGUGCCUGACCAUCCACAAUGCGAGCCACAAAGGAUCCGAAUCAUCCACGUGGGAAUGGGUGCUGCCGGCAUGCUAUGCGCAUAUAAAGCACGGAAGAUGUUGACGAACUAUGAGCUGGUCUGUUAUGAGAAGAACGACGGUGUGGGAGGGACUUGGUAUGAGAAUAGGUAUCCUGGAUGUGCUUGCGAUAUCCCAGCACAUACGUACACUUUCCCGUUCUAUCCCAAUCCAGACUGGAGCGGCUAUUAUGCCUAUGCUCCCGAGAUCCAAGAGUACUUCUUGAAAUUCUUCCACGAAAAUCAUCUAGAACCAUACGUCGUGACAAACACCGAAGUCAUCAGUGCCGAAUGGGACGAUCUGAAAGGAAUCUGGAACGUCGAACUAAAAGACCGCAGAACCAACAAAACCUUCUUUGAUACCUGCAACAUCCUGAUCAACGGCGCCGGCGUCCUGUCAAAGUGGAAAUGGCCAGCAAUCCAAGGUCUCCACUCCUUCCAAGGCAAUCUCGUCCACUCCGCGAAUUGGCCCAAAGAAGAUGUCGACCUAACCAACAAAACCGUCGCAGUAAUCGGUACAGGCAGCUCCUCAAUCCAAAUCGUCUCUGCCAUCGCCCCAGCCGUCUCAAAACUUUCCGUCUUCAUGCGAAACAAAACUUACAUAUCCCCCCAAUUCGGCACCAACAUCACAAACACCGAAGCAGACCCUCUCGCCCAAGAUCCCGCAGCCGCAGGAAAACAUCAUUACACCGAAAGAGAGAAACAACGUUUCCGUACAGAUCCGGAAUACCUGCAAAAUUAUCGAACGAGAAUGGAAAAGUCGUUUAUGGCCGGAUGGGAUAUGUUUUAUCGUGGGAGUGAAUUGAACGUGAAAUUUAAGGACUUUGUACAGAAUUCGAUGAGAGCGAGACUGGGCGAUCGAGAUGACUUGAAAGAGAGAUUGAUUCCCGAUUGGAGCCCGGGUUGUAGAAGGCUGACACCGGGAGAAGGGUAUUUAGAAGCUUUGACGAAGGAGAAUGUGGAAGUGAUAUGGGGAGAGAUAUCCAAAAUCACUCCCCACGGCCUGGCCACGGAAUCCGGACGCGAAAUUGACGUCGACGUGAUCAUCUGCGCCACAGGUUUCGACGUGCAAUUCCUUCCACACUUCCGUCUCACCGGCCUCGGCGGACGCGUGAUGCAAGAACAAACCGAUCCAAACAUCUAUGCAUCCAUCGCACAUCCCGGAUUUCCGAAUUAUUUCGUCGUGAGUGGACCUCGAGGGAAUUGGGGUCAGGGGUGCGCUUUACCUUCUCAUGAGACGCAGUCGGAAUAUAUCAUGCAGUGUGCGAGGAAGGUGCAGGAAGAUGGGAUCAAGAGCAUGUUUCCGAAACAGAACGUGACGGAUCAGUUGAACGCGUAUAUGGAUGCUUGGCAUGCGAAGCAUUCGAUUUGGAGUGAGGACUGCAAGUCUUGGUAUAAGGAGAAUACGAAAGAUGGGAGAGUGUUGAUUUGGCCGGGAAGUAUGUUGCAUCAUUUGAAAUUCAUGAAGAGGCCGAGGUUUGAACAUUUUGAGAUUGAGUAUAAGGAUCCCGAUAAUAUUUUUGCUUUUCUGGGGGAUGGGAGGACGAUUGGAUUGGUCAAGUAUGGUGCGGAUGUUCCUGUGCCUUACAUUAGGAAUCGAGAGGAGGAGGUUUGGGAUAUCGAAUGAGGCUGUUGAGGGCGUGGAAGAACGAACUGCCGACCAGGCUGGAGCGGGAGACGGAUAUCGAGCAGUCUUCGAUUGAAUGAUCGAUAAGAGGAGCUAUACACGAGGAGGCUAAUCCUUCCACUGCCACCGCUUGCGACACCAUUUGAUGACAUAUACCAAUGCAAUCAAGACCGGUACCUCGAUCAGAGGUCCAACUGU